AUGGUGUUUCCCACAUACCAUGUUUCGUUAAAGGUCCACUGGACGCAGCGCAGUCCAAUUCGAGAAGGCGAUUCUCCAUUAGAAGAAGAAGAAGAAGAAGAAGAAGAAGAAGAAGAAGAAGAAGAAGAAGACAUUGUACCCUCCUUGACACGAAGUUCCUCGAGCACAAUGUCGAAAGAAACUGAAAAAACCAACAAACUAGAAGCUCUUCUUCUGCUUGGGGAUGCAUAUGUUGAGGACACACAGAAACUCAAUAAGGAAACUCAACAAGGAGACGCAAAAAGAAGACGAACCACGCAGAAGACGCAAAAAGAAGACGAACCACGUCCAAAAGUGACCUGGUGGAAGAGAGACCAAGAUGGGCAACGUGUGGCCAGCAGCAAACGAAGGAAAAAAAGUUCUUCUAAUUAUGGUACUCCUCCAUGCAGUAGUUCCACCAUAACAACACCAUGUCUAAGCUACCAAGAUCCUGAUUUUAAUAUGCAGAGAAGACCUUCUACGGGACUCUGAGACCGUUAAGGAGCAUGGUGUUGGCGAUGUGCCACCAUUGUCAUCUUGGACUCAAAGGCAAAAAGAGUUUCAACAGUGUUGGCAACAGGCGAGGCCACAGAACGUUGACAACUUAUUAAUAACUAAGAAUAUCGUCAAGAUGACCUGCAAUCACUGUCUCCUGGAAGAAGCUGUCAUCCGUUGUGAGGAAUGUAUGCCAUCAGAGUGGUUUUGUGCAGAGUGUGAUAUCUUGGUUCAUACAAAACACACUCUGCACAGUAGGCAAACCACCUGUAAUGGAUUUUACAAGUAUAUUCCUC